AUGUGGACUGGGAAUUGGUGGUGGAGGACUCAGACUCAGCUUCCAUCUGGUGUGACUAUCAUACCUAUUAUCUUAUCAAGCAACAAGACUCUCCUCACUCAACAUAGUGGGGAUUGGUAUGGAUAUCCCUUGUAUAUCUCCAUUGAAAACCUCCCAAAAGCAGUCCGAAAGUGCCCCUCUCAGCAGGGCACCAUUCUACUUGCCUAUCUUCCCACAGACAAGUUUGAGGGAAUGGGUCUCAGCAAAGAGGCAGCCAAGCUUGCCCAUCAUGGCCUCUAUCACCAAAGCCUAUCUCACAUUCUCAAAGACAUCGUUCUUCCUGGGAGAGAGGGCAUUACCAUGACUACUGCUGAUGGUGUGGUUAGACUCUGCUUCCCAAUCCUUGGGGCUUGCAUGUGCAAUUAUCCUCCAGAACAAUGUCUCCUAACCUGCACUCAAUAUCUUUGA